AGUAUAUCCACCAGUUCCGGUUGCAAGCGAGCUGUUUUCAUACUUGGUAGCCAGUAUGUUUGUUGAUGAGGUGUGAAGUGGAAAGAGGAGAUGUGGUCCUUUUUUGCCAGGGAUCCCGUCAAAGACUUUGCUUAUGAAAUUCUUCCAGACAGCCAAGAGAAGUCUGGAAUAUGGUCGUUACAUCGGGGCAAGCGAAAGUCCAAUGCAGAGCCAGUGUCGGUGUUCGUGCACGAGGUGGCUCAGGGGUCGGAGCAGCAGACUCAGCUGGCAAAGGCAGCCUUCAAGCGGAUGAAGACCCUUCGCCACCCCAACAUCCUGGCCUAUGUUGAUGGCUUGGAGACAGAGAAGAGCUUGUACCUGGUAACUGAACCGGUGACUCCUCUGGCCGUUCAUCUAAAGGGUGUUCCAAGUGAACUGGAGGUCUCCUGGGGCCUACAUCAGAUAAUAAAAGCUCUGAGUUUCCUAAUCAAUGAUUGUCACUUGCUCCAUAACAACUUGGGCUUGUGGGCCAUCUUUGUUGAUCGAGCUGGCGAGUGGAAGCUGGGGGCCCUCGACCAUGUUUCCCCGGAACAAGGUGAUCCAAACGGGGCCUCGCUCCCUGACCCAAAGUCUAUUUACCCAGAUAUGGAGAAGUAUGACCCGCCAGAGAUGCCCAGUUGCAGUGGGGAAAAAUGGGCAGGGGAAGUGUGGCGAUUAGGCUGUCUUAUCUGGGAAGUGUUCAAUGGGCCACUUUCCCGCACGUCUUCACUUCGUUCACUUGGGAAGAUCCCCAAAGCUCUGGUUCCUCACUUCUGCGAGCUGGUGGGUGCCAACCCGCGAGCUCGGCCCAAUCCAGCCCGUUUCCUGCAAAACUGCCGAAGCCCCGGAGGGUUCCUCAGUAACAGCUUUGUGGAGAGCAACCUCUUCCUAGAAGAGAUCCAGAUUAAGGAGCCAGGGGAGAAGCAGCAAUUUUUCCAGGACCUGAGUGAGAACCUGGACUCUUUCCCAGAGGACUUCUGUAAACACAAGGUCCUGCCUCAACUGCUCACCGCCUUCGAGUUUGGAAAUGCAGGCGCUGUCGUCCUCACACCGCUUUUCAAGGUGGGGAAGUUCCUAUCUGCUGAAGAAUACCAACAGAAGAUCAUCCCGGUCAUCGUAAAGAUGUUUUCCUCAACAGACCGAGCCAUGAGAAUACGACUGCUCCAGCAGAUGGAGCAGUUCAUUCAGUAUCUCAAUGAAGCAGCGGUGAAUUCCCAGAUUUUCCCUCACGUCGUUCACGGCUUUACUGACACCAACCCUGCCAUCAGAGAGCAGACGGUUAAGUCUAUGUUGCUGCUGGCCCCCAAACUAAAUGAGAGCAAUUUGAACCAAGAGCUCAUGCGCCACUUUGCCAGGCUGCAAGCCAGGGAUGAGCAGGGCCCGAUCCGAUGCAACACCACAGUUUGCCUGGGAAAGAUCGCCUCCUACCUCAAUGCGGGGACCCGACAGCGAAUUCUGAUUUCUGCCUUCUCACGAGCCACAAAAGACCCCUUUGCAGCGUCGCGUUCUGCUGGCGUGCUCGGCUUUGCUGCCACACACAACUAUUACAGCCUAUCUGAGGUCGCCGCCCGAAUUUUGCCCACACUGUGCGCUAUUACUGUCGACCCCGACAAGAGUGUCAGGGAGCAGGCUUUCAAAGCAAUCAAAAGUUUUAUCACCAAGCUGGAAACCGUGUCAGAAGAUCCCACCAAACUGGCUGAGAUUGAAAAAGAUGUUGGGUCGUGUGCUCAGCCACCCGGCACUGCAUCCGGCUGGACCGGCUGGGCUGUGACUGGCAUGACCUCACUGACAUCCAAAUUGAUACGCAACGCACCGGGCACAGUGGGAGGAGCGGCGGCUGAGAGCAGCAGCCUUUCAAACGCCACCAGCGUGAUUCCUGGCACCACAGAUGGAACCACUGGUUCUGUAGAGAAAGGUCCACGCACCUCCCAGACUCACAGCAUUUCUGCUUCAAACCCCGUGGACAGAGCACAGACUCUUGAAGCGAUUGAAAAUGAUGAGGAGCCAGGAGAGCGCUGGGAUGAUGAGGAGGAGGAUUGGGGUAGUUUGGAGGAUUCAGAGAAAGGUCGAACUGAAAAGGAGGAUUGGACUACUGACUGGUCAGGAAUGACGUCAUCCAAAAAGAACAGCGGUGAACAAGAAGCGGGCAGGUCAUCAACCACCAUGGCGGUGAAAAAGCAGAGCUCGGACUGGAGCAGCUCAGGCUGGGACGCCGAUGACAGCUGGUCCAAUGACAAAGAGGGUCCGGGUCUGAGUUCUGCUGGCGAGGAGGGAUGGGGCAACGAAUGGGCUGAGGAGGAGACGGACAUUGUCGGUGCCGCCCUGCCCGAGGGGGUCCGCUUGGCCAGCGAGUACAACUGGGAUAGCGGCAGCAUGAGCAAAGGAAGCAGUCAGAACGACCUAUUUGCAGGCGUGGCACAGAGAAACACGUCAGGCCCCAUGCCUGGAGGUGGCUGGGGUACAGACACAACGGGAGACUGGGGCACUGAAGAAAGUUGGGAAGCGUUAGAUGGAAAUCAAGCAGGUCUGAGCAAAGCUGAGCUGUCCAAGAAGAAACGAGAGGAGAGGAGGAAAGAUCUGGAAGCCAAACGGGCGGAGCGCAAAGCUGCAAAAGGUCCCCUCAAACUGGGUGCUCGUAAACUAGACUGAUGAGCCGAUUAACGAGAGGUACAACCAUGACCGACAUUGACUGAAAAAGGGCCGCAAGAUGGAGGCUCCACAUUCCUACUUUAGAGUCAAUAAGAGUGAAAACUCUUCUUGGAACUGUUGCUCACUUGCACAACAAAGCUUUGGAUGAUCUGAUGGUCAUCACAGAAACUUGAGUUGGUGGUUGACAAUGGAGCAAUCACCACUUUGUUGUGCAUUGUAUUUUUGUGGAUGGAUGAAUGGAAAAGACGCCAAAGGCAAAAGGAGUUGAUGACACAAUAUUUCCUUUUGGUCACAGUUGUAAAGUAAAUGUAUAUAAAAUGGAACAUCCUGUCUUAAAAUGACAUUUUUUUUCCAUAUAGUAAAGAUAUUGAAUAUAUGUAAAGGAGUUUCAAAAUUUCUAGUAAGCUCACAAACACACUGUAGUUCCAGGCUUCAUUCAGUCUGUGCAUGCACUUUGGGAGGCUGAUCAAUAACUUUCAUGACCUGGACCACUUGAAUCAAAACCAUUCGAGUGGUUAAGUACAAUAACACCAGUUAGAGGUGUGCUGCUCAUUAGGUUGCUUACAUGCUGCAGCAGCACUAGCAUACAAACAGGUUGCAAAUGCUUUCAUUAGUUUGGCUUACAUUUGCCAUGAAGGUUUAAUGGUGCAAUGGACAUAUCUCUCAAAUUAGCCAAUUGCCCAUUCCAGCAGGGUUUUCUUUUCUUUUUUUUUAAACCACUGCUGACGGUGGCUCUGAGCAAACGAAAUUCACUUCUGUCUUUCACAAGUGUUUUUGUGUGCCUUCAUUUACUUUGCUGGACAAAACUGUUGGCUUGCAUCCCAGUUUUGAAUGACAUGUGGCCUAUUUUAUCUGUAAAAAACAUACAGGGUUUAGCUUCAGGAUGAUAUUGCUGCCAGGUCCAUUAAUGUUGGAUAUAAGGAGUUGUGCCACAUUAGCAAACAAAAACCGAUACAGAACUUUAAAAAGUUAAUUCAAAUCAUGUAGCAUGUGAUUGGUUCUGAAAUAAACAUAUAACUGCCU